CCAGGAACAACGCAGAUGAAGGACGAUGAAAGAUGCUAUAUAUCUAGGUAUGAUCUGGAGUGAUCUGCACUCGAGACCCAACUUCCCUUUCUACAAGCGCAAUGAAGUCUCAAAGUUUUUCUCUUUUCGCUUGGGUGAGCUUUGCCGCUGCAGGGGCAAUCCCCUCGCACACUGCACCCGUAUACAAGACAUCAGUACACAAAACAAACAUACCAGUGUCCAAAACCGCGUCUGCGUACAAUGCUGCACCCACCGCCUCCUCUGUGCACAAGACCACGUCUGCGAACAAAGGCACGUGGACAUACUAUUCGACUGCUACAAAGACAAUCACCAUUCCUACCACCAUCACUUUGGGUCCUCCUACCGAAGUUGUCUACGUCACUCUUCAGUCCACCUCUACCGUAACAGUAACGACCCCAUUCACCGUCUAUGCGACUACUGAGACUUCAACCUCGAUCAAUCCAUUCUACGGAGCAGCCGUUUUUGUGGACCCGACUCUGACUGCACCGAUCGUCAGCGUUCCGGUAUGUAUCCUCAUUGACGUUGAUGAACGCGAGAGUAAUCGAUGAAGUAUUGACAACGGUUCCGUACAAGACCCCCUCCGGCUAUACUCCGAUCUUGUCCGAAUACGCAUAUACAGCUAGCCUGAAGGUGAGUACGACUAUCUCGACCACACGCACGACGUCGGUUGUCCACAAAGACUCGCCCGUCACGACGACUGCCACUUGGACCAUUACCGACAAUGAGGGCACAAUCACCAAGACUUCCUACCCUUCGACCGUAACCAUCCCCGCGACGUUCACCGUGACAACAACCUUAUAUCCCUCUGCUACAACUACGUCCACACGGCUGGCCCUACCCACUCACCAUGCUAUAUGUGAGGAUCCCGGCAAUUGUAAGUAGUCCUACUACCCGAGACCAAUCCAGCGACCC